AUGGGCGACAACACACCUGAUGGCGCCCUGCCACUCGUUCACCACCUGGCACACCUCGACGGGCGCUGCAAGAAGCUUGAUAUCGCUACAACCGCGUCACCCGGCACAACAACCUCGAUGAUCGCCGUUUGCCCCUCGCCGCCGAACUCGUUGAUCGACGACAAGCUCGAGUGCUACUCCACUCCUCCCCCAUGGUACAAAGAAGGACCCUGCGGCCGAUUCGCCGUAUCCGGAACACAAGACGGAGAUGAAGAAAAAUUAAGCCCAGAACCGCGCCCAUGUCAU